GCUUGUUUUAUUCCCUAGCGCCAUUGAUCCCACACAUCUACAAUGGCACCCAUUCGUUUGCGUCACCCCAAGGGCGUCACAACGUUACAGGUUGACGUCGAAAAUGCUCUAGUUCAAGACCUCCAGCAGCAGAUAUUUGAAGUGUCUGAAAUCCCACCAUCGCAGCAAGAAAUCAGAUCGGGGUACCCACCACAAUCCCUGACGAUAAUCCCCGACCUUCCUCUUUCUAGCCUGGGAUUAAAGUCCGGCGAUCAGGUCAUUGUGAACCAGAAGGCAUCCAGCUCGGCGCGCGCCGCACCUUCCCCGCCCAAGGCAAAGCCAGUCUCUUCCCAACCACCUCAAGCCUCAUUAUCGCAACCGAAUUCAAGCAGGCCCGCACUGAGAACUAGUGGUCCAGACUAUGUCGAUACACCAAAUGGUGUGCUAGUGCACAGGAUCGUGCCAGAUGAUAAUUCGUGUCUUUUUUCGUCCAUCGCCCUCGUUUUUGAGCAAGAUGGCCGCAAGGCGCAACAGAUACGGCAAGUCGUUGCAGAUGGUAUCCGAGCAGACAUGGAAACAUACAACGAAGCUAUCCUAGGGUUGAGCCGAGACGCAUACAUCGCUACCAUUCUGAAGCCUUCGACAUGGGGAGGUGCGAUAGAACUUGGAAUCCUCGCUAAGCAUUAUGGAACGGAAAUUGCAUCUAUUGACGUCGAAACUGGAAGGGUUGAUCGUUUCGAGCCGCCAUUAGAGACGAGUACAGGCAAUCGUUGCAUCUUGGUAUAUUCUGGCAUUCAUUAUGAUGCCGCGUCGUUGGCACCCAUGGCUGACGCUCCGCCUGAAUGGCAUCAGACUGUCUUUCCGAUCAUUUCCGCGGACGAAGAAGAUCCAAUUUUGGCUGCUGCUAAAAAAUUAGUAACUAUCCUGCGAGGAAAGAAAGCGUAUACUAACACUGCAACAUUUGAUCUCAAAUGCGAAGACUGUGGCAAGGGACUGAAGGGUGAGAAGGACGCGAGAAUGCACGCCCAGGAGACGGGGCAUGUGCGAUUCGGAGAGUAUUAACAAUACCUGGAUUCUUGACCUGUUCAUACCACCCAUCCUGAUGUUUAUUUCAUUGAGAAAUGCGUGCAAUCAAGUGUAUAUUUA